AUGGAGGAGAAAGCCUCUGCUAUGUCUAUUCCUAUGAUUGAGGGAACCAACUCGGGAGCUGAGUCUACUGCAGGAACGACACUGAAUGCUGAUGAUAUACUGAAUGAAUUGGUAAAACCGUGUGGUUUAUGGCAAUGGUCUAUUGUGUUUUUGUUGACGUUCAGUUGCAGCUCAUUGAUGACCUUUCCAGUUUAUGCCAACUCAGCUUCUCCUCAUCGCUGCCGAAUGGAACCAUCUGUUGAAUACCUAUUAAAAGAACGCAACAUGUCCUUCGACCAAGUGGCUUCAUUGAUAGGGCCGUGGAAAUAUACGGAUCUGAGUGACACAGUCCAGAGCGGCUGUUAUCGAUAUCGAGUGAACUGGGGUAGCUUAAGUGGGGAGGAGCUGUUUCAAGUGGACAAUGCUACUGAGCUCGAACCGUGUCCUCUGGGAUACGUCCACGAUAGCAAUCCACAUUUCUACCCCGGUAAUGUAGUGAGUGAAUUCGAAACAGUCUGUGACCGAGCAUGGUUGGUACCUCUAGGUACUUCUAUUUACAUGUUUGGUGCAGCCAUGGGCAAUCUUCUCGGAGGAUGGAGUGGUGGUCGCUUCGGACGGAAGAAAACCCUGAUUCUCGUCUCCCUAAUCGAGUUUCUAUCUGGUAUUUGGACCUCGUUAUCGCCCAGUUAUUUGAGCUAUGUGCUAGCCAGAGGAUUUAUGGCAGUGGGAAUGGUAGCUAAAAGCAAUGUGACAGGUAUUUUGAUGAUCGAGCUGACUUUGGCCCGAUACCGGUCUAUUUUCAGAGCAAUUUUAUCCUUGGGAUUAGCAUUCAUCUAUCGUUCUUUGAUGGCCUUAUGGGCAUAUUGGAUACCCGAUUGGCGAUGGCUCAAUGUGGCUGUGACGGCUCCUAAUAUGCUGAGUGUGUUGUACUUUUGUCUGCUACCCGAAUCCCCAAGGUGGUUGUUCUCCCAGAAGCGUUACUCCGAAGGAAUCGCUGUCUUUAAAUCUGGCUACCGAAUCAACCAUUUGAACAAACCUAAACUCCAUUUGGGUCGAUUCACCCAACUUGCAAAUGAAGCAAAGAAACUGGAACUAUCUCAAGCGAACGAAGAGAGCAAAACAAUGGGACUCAGUUGUCACUGCUCCUUAAUAAAACCGUUGUACUCACGGAAACUAUUCAAGACCACCAUGCUCUCCAUAAUCAUUAUGUUGGGGGUGACAAUGUCGUUCAUUGGCCUUUUAUUUUAUGCUCGAGCGGUGCGUCACUAUGUCUACAUCGUGGGAUUUCUCAAUGCGCUCACGGGUGUGCCUGGCAUAGUCCUGUUUUCGCUACUGUAUCGCUUCUUUCGGAACCGGAAACGUCCUCUUGCAACUUUGGUUAGUUUGGCAUGUAUCAUAUUACUUGCAACUGGCCUCUACACCAUAAUCUUCAAACCAUCCACGGACACCGUAUUGAUCGUUUCCUCAAAUAUCUGCCUAGUUCUUCUUCAGGCAUCACUCAACAUGGGAAUUCUCUACGUACCUGAACUUUUUUCAUCGGAGAUUCGAACGCAAGGUUUCGGAUUAAUAAUGGGUCUGUCCAAAGUUGGUGGUAUUGUAUGUAGUUUUGUCAAUGCUCUUGAUCAACAAGUCGUGCACGGCUGCCCACUGUUGAUCUACUCCGGGGUACUUCUCCUUGUGCUUUGUUCACUCAUGUUCCUUAGAGAUACUAGCGGAGAAAAUCUACCUGAUAACUAG